AUGAUAAUAAAGUUGAGACAUCGAAUAUAUCGAACGCUAGAAACAUGUAUAGAAAUACGACUGGAAACAUUGCUAAGCUGGAAUUUCGAUAUAAAUAAUCUUGAUAGAUUAAAUUUUCCAUUUCGAAAUCAGAUUAUCACAGGCUUAGUUCAAGCAGUCUUAGCAUUAUUAACAAGUAGUUGGCAUACCUGGCUUAUAUGGCAUGCUCGAUUACCCACUACUAUAACACCUAAUAAUAUAGCACUUCCAGUAUUAAAUAUUGCUGCCCUUAGUUCUUUAUUUUGGAUUAUAAUAUCAAUUAUUUAUAAAUGGUCUGAUUUAUGGUAUGCGAAAAGUUUGCUCAAACAAGCGCCAACAUUACCAUUUGCUGAAAUGCGAAUAUUAUUAUUAAUUUCAAUUGCUAUAUUAAUCAAUUGGUUGCUGCUUUAUACAUUAUAUCGGGCAUUCAUCGAAAACAAGAAUGGUAUCGCAGAGAUACUUUUGAAAAGUGAUGAAAAAUCAGCAUAA